GCUCGAAGGAGGCUGGCUCGGCCUAGUGGACCCGCCCCUCUCUCCGCCCGACGGGCCUUCAGUCCCCACAGCAGCCUAGCUAUGCCUGUUGGGCCGCCCGCGCUGUCCCCGUCCCGGGUCGCUUGGCUGUGCGUUGCCGGGGCCGCUUUGGCCCUAGGGGUCGCGGCGGCCUGGCGGCGGCGGCGGCGCCAAUCUCGCCAGAGCCUGGAGCAGGUGGGGACAGUGACGGGGCUCUUCAUCUACCCGCUCAAGUCGUGCCGGAGGGUGUCUGUGGAGGACGCCGAGGUGACUAGCCUGGGCCUCCGCAAAGGGGAUCUGCGCGACAGGUUCUGGCUCAUAAUUAAAAAAGAUGGACACAUGGUCACAGCUCGGCAGGAGCCCCGCCUGGUGCUGAUUUCUGUAACUUGUGAAAAUGGCCACUUGAUCCUGAAUGCUCCAGAGAUGAAGGAAUUGAGAUUUCCUGUCAAGCUCCCUGAGGAAAAUCCGGUCAAGAAUUGCAGGGUCUUUGGGCUUGAUAUUCAAGGACGGGACUGUGGUGAUGAUGUAGCACAAUGGCUCACUGCUUUCUUGAAUUCAGAACCAUAUCGGCUGGUGCACUUUGAGGCUCAGAUGACACCAAGGAAAUGCAAUAAGAUUGAGUUUCCUUUUCGAACUAAGGAUGAGGUUCCUUACAGCGACUGUGGUCCUCUUCUGAUCAUCUCAGAAGCUUCAAUGGAAGACCUAAAAUCUAGGAUGGAAAAGAAAGUGGAUAUGCGUAAUUUUAGACCAAGUAUUACUGUUUCUGGCUGCGGUGCUUAUGAAGAGGAUACCUGGGACAAAGUUAUAAUUGGUGAUGUGGAAUUGAAAAAGGUGAUGGCAUGUGGCAGAUGCAUUUUGACAACCGUUGAUCCAGAUACUGGAAUCAUAGACAGAAAAGAGCCACUGGAAACACUGAAAAGUUAUCGUAUGUGUGAUCCAGCUCAGAAACAUAUCUACAAAUCAGCUCCAUUGUUUGGAAGCUUUUUUGGAGUAGAUAAAAUUGGAACCAUUAAAAUAGGAGAUCCAGUAUACAAGAUAACCGGGUGUUAGAAAAAGUCUUUUGAUCAAGAGAAUGAUUUGUCUUAAAACAAUGAGUAUCCUAUCCAACUGUCUUAGAACAAUGAGUAUCUUAUUCAAUAACUGUAAUGUUAAAGUAAUGCAGGAUCCAGUCUGGCCAAAUCAGCACUUCAGUGUAAGUCCCAUGAAUUUUGUCCCAAGGACAGACAAAAGGAAGUACUCCUUCACUCAGCAAUUAAUUAAAUUGUGGAAGUUACUGUCAGUGGAUGUAGUGAUGACUACAAGCAUAGAUGGCUUUAAAAGAGAAUUUGACAGAUUCAUGAAGAAGUCCAUGAAUGGCUACUAGCCCAGUUUCCUGGGAAUAAAGUGUAGAUGACUGGGGAAGGCAAUGCCAAACCACCCCGUAACAAAAAGUCUGCCAAGAAAACGUCAUAAUGCGAUGUCCCCCCCUGGGUCAGUAAUGACUCGGUGCUUGCACUGGGGACUCCCUUUACCUUUUACAUGGUGACUAAAAGGAACCCCCACAUCCAGAGGCAGUAAACACCUGACUAUCCAUACUAGAAGGCAAUAUAAGUAGCAGCUCUUGGCUUCUGUUCCAUUAAUUGACCCUUAAGGAGUGCUGGCUGGCCACUGUAUGAAGCAGGAUGCUGUACUAGAUGAACCACUGGUCUGAUCCAGCAGAAAAUCUCCUGUGUUCUUAUUUUUGAUGAGCGAGAUUUUCGUUUGUAUUUAGGUCCCCUUUUGAAAUCAGAGGGAUUUAGAAGUGCGUAACUUUGGCUAAAAUAGUCAUGCAUUCUUCCCGUUCUAAUCCUACAUAGUUUAGGCUUUGGAUGAAAGUAUUUGUAUUCUGAUCUUACACAUAGCCACAAACAGAACCAACAUCAGGGAUUGGUAUGGUCAGGCACCUUCUGAGUAGUGUGACCUUGCACAUGGCCCACCACCAGCUGGAGAUGACUGACCCGUCCAUUCUCACAAGAGAAUGGGAGAUCAUCCUAAAAGCUGCUGCAACCAUAUGAUAGUUGUACUGUGCUCCUACCAAGCGUCUCUUCCAGAGAAUGGGAGAUUGUCCAAGAAGUCUCUGUGACUCAGCAAACGUGUCUGGGGUGCAAAGAUGUUGGAGGGAGUGGAGCCAUGUUUCUGUCUGGCUCAUGUUAGCCCUUCUAACACUGACUCCAGAGAAAUGUGGGUGUGCAUGCACACGUAUGUUAAAAGCCGAUAGAAUGGAGAAGAAUGAGGUGGUGGCAUCGGUAACAUGGAGAAGAGCCAUGAACCCCAUCUUGGCCAGGCCCCUCCAAACCCUCAAGAUGCAUCACAAAAGAAACAAAGGUACAAAUGACAACUAUUCGACAAUUUGUUUUUAUACCUAGUCUGUACCACUUAUGUAACUUUGGUAACUUAACUAACAGCCAUUAACUUUAAACAUUUAUACUUGUUGAAAAUUUAAGAUUUUAAAUUCUGAUUUCUAGAAACAGGAAGCAUUUUUUGUAAAAUUUACCCAGCUUUGAUUAAGUGUAAAGUAGUUUGGGAAUUUUCAAUUAAAAUUAAGUUUUAAAAUAAAGGUUACAAGAGAUGUUCUUAGCCCUAAACUCAAAAGCCACUCUCAAGAGAUGCCUAAAUUGUGCAUGUGUUUCGUUUUUAUUUUUAUCUGUCUUUACUGUUGUGGUUCACUGUGAACAACUGGUUUUGGUGUGAUUCCUUUAAAUGAAUAAAUCAUGUAUAAAAAUAAA